AUGAAGGUUAUUAAGCGACGCAGAUCCAUCAAAUCAUGCAAGUACUGUUACGAACAUAAGCUGAAAUGCAAUAAGCAGUCUCCCUGCAACAAUUGUGCUCGACUAGGGAUCACGAACUUCUGUGUUUAUGGCUUCAAAAAAGACGAAGUUGAUGCCAAACCUUUGAGCUCAACUGAAACGUUCAAGCCAAAAGAUCAAGUGUUGAAGACUUCGUCGACCCACCCCAAGACAAAGCCGUACUAUCCCUACCUGUCAGGUGCAAAUGCGGAGGAAGUUCUGUCAAACCGUCAUCAAGCUCAUAAAAACCCAACAGAUGCUUGCAUGAAAAGGAAUGAAGUUACUAAUUUCAACAAGUUUGAUGUGAAGUGUAUGUCAGUUGAGGAGGUCGCAUCUUUAAUUCCCCCAAGCCAAGCAUCAACCUUUCUUGUGGUAGAUGUGUACUUCCACAAAAUUCAUCCAAUCAUACCUGUUCUUGAUCGCGAAGAGGUUUUUCGGCAGAUCGAAGAGGUCUACAGUCAAAUUCGCCUCCAAAGAACGAUUUGCGUCUCAAGCUCAAUUACGGUCUUUGCUAUUCUCUUCAGCGUGGCUUAUUCUAACGUUGCGGAGGGCCAGAUCCCAGAUCUUUUACUCUGCGAGAAAUACUUCUCAGCAUUCCAGGCGCUCUUAAACAUCAACUGCUUUCCUUAUAGGCCCUCAUUAAAUGCGGUGCAAGGUCUUUUGGUUACAAGCUUUGUAGUUGACCCUAACAUGGUGGAAACUUUGGGCAUAUCCGCAACGCUGCUCCGACAUGCUCAGCAGAUUGGGGUGCAUAAGCUCAAGGUACCUUCUGGCAGCACUAGAAACGAAAUUGUGCGAACUUUAUGGCAUUUUUUACUGUAUUUUGAGGGUUCCUCAUCGGUGGUAGCUGGACUACCAUUUCUUAGCAGCCAGCAAUUGUUUAACUUGGUAAAUUUGCCAAAAGAGGGCGACGCUUUGGAACCGUCUCAUGCUGCAUUUGCGAAUGGUCGAUUCCAUAUAAACAACAUGUUCAGAAAAAUAAUGAGCUACAAAGAUGAGGGUAUUGUACCAGCUGGCAGCUCAAUGCUUGAAACCAAAAGAGAAGCUAAUUCUCUCAAUGAUAAAGUCGAAGGGCUGUGUAAGAUUAUUGAGGAAACGAACCACGAGCACGCCAUUUACUUUGUGAGUACGUUGAGAAUAUUUCUACUUAGAGCCCAUCUUAGGUUCAAGGCCCUUGUCACCGAGAAAAAAAAAGCCGCCCAGGUACGACCGGAGAAGAAGCAGAAUGUGAGGUUUUUCAAUGAUGCAGUUGGAAAAGUCUUGAACUCCGGAAGUUCAAUGGAUGGGGAAACUGCGGAGUUAUCUAUCAUCCUGCUUUCCUACACCCUUCGGAGGCUUGUAUCGAGUAGCUGUACCAAGUUUUCCUGGUACAGCAAAGGAUCAACAGUCAUGCAAUAUCUUUUCAUUCUUGUUAAAGAUAUCUACCAGUCUCCUGAAAUGGCUUACGACUUUUCCAGGCCAGACUUUGAAGUGCCUAUUGUUCUUUCUCAAGACAUACUCGAGUGUUCAAUUGCCGAUCCAGUAUAUUUCAAGGUCGCUUUGGUUGAGGAACUUUUGAAACUUUUGGAAAUGAAACUUGUUCCCCUCUGGAGUGACGAGGAUCUUAACAUUUUCAGACUGGUGCGUUGUAUCAAGGAAAGAGUUUGGGAGCUUAACAGCUUUAUGAUAGAAACCAACCGACACCGCUUCCAACCAAUUUACGCCUGUAGUCUGUUUCAACACUGUGCCGCGAACUUAGAGUCCAUGAACAGCUUUAAUUUUGAAGAAUGCAUGAAGCAGUGGGAGCUAGAUAAGAUAACUUUUGACUCCGAAAGAAUCUUGAACUGUUUAUCCGAUUUUUAG